AUGUGUGGUGAGUGGAAUGGGUUGCAAGCACUAUUUUUGGAAAAGUGUCCAUAUGCAUACUAUGUACAUUGUUUUGCUCAUCGCUUACAACUAGCUUUAAAUGUUGCAGCUAAAGAUGUGGGUGUUGUCUAUUUAUUCUUUCAAAUGCUAACUAGUAUCAUUAAUAUUGUUGACUUAUCUACUAAGCGUGUUUCUGAGUUCAAAUCUAUUCAAGAAGUUGAAGCUAUGGAACAAAUUGCUGCUGGGGAACUUGAAACUGGAAAGGGAGCUAAUCAGACAUGCAAUUUGCAAAGAGCUGGAGCUACAAGGUGGAGUUCAAGGUAUUAUUCUAUCAAGAACUUGAUGAAAUUGUAUAACUCAACUAGUUCAGUUUUGAAAAACAUGAUAGAUAAUGGACUCAAUGGAAAAAUACAUGGAGAGGCUUUAGGUGCUUCUAAAGCUCUAAGAUCAUUUGACUUUGCGUUUUGCUUAUUGUUGUUGGACAAAACUAUGAAAAUCACAAAUGCUCUUUGUAAAUCACUGCAAGAACAGUCUCAAGAGAUCAUAAAUGCUAUGAAUCUAGUUUCUAGUAUGAAGGGUCAUCUUAAAAAGUUGAGAGAAGAUGGUUGGGUAGAUUUCUUUGCUAGUGUUGUAUCAUUUUGUGACGCUCAUACAAUUGAUGCUCCAGAUUUUAGUGCUCGCCAUAUGGAAGGUACGGGUCGUCUUUCUCAACAACAAAAUUGUGUCACUAUUGAGCAUUAUUAUCGUGUUGAAAUAUUCAAUGCUAUAAUUGAUCUUCAAUUGAUGGAACUAAACAGUAGAUUCAAUGAGCAAACAAGAGAACUCUUGAUUCUUAGUUCUGCAUUGGAUCCUCGAUUUGAUUUUCAAUCAUUUGACAUUGACAAAAUAUGUUGUUUGGCUGAGAAAUUUUAUCCUCAUGAUGUGCCUGAUUUGAAUGAUCUAAGAGACCAGUUGGAGCAUUUUGAGUAUCAAUUCUCUGAACUUUCAGAAUUUCAAGAUUUAUGCACCAUUUCUGAGUUAUGUCAAGAAUUUGUUAACACAAGGACACCAUUCUUGUUGAUUGAGAGACUAGUCCGUCUAGUGAUGACUCUUCCUGUUUCUACGGCUACAACAGAGAGAGCAUUUUCAGCCAUGAAGCUCAUUAAGAACCGACUUAGAAGCAAGAUGAGUGAUGAUUUUCUUGCAGAUUUAAUGACAGUGCAUAUUGAGAGAGAAAUUGUUGAUGCUAUUUAUUCAAAUUCGGUUAUAGAUGAGUUUUAUGCUUCAGGUACGGGUCGUCUUUCUCAACAACAAAAUUGUGUCACUAUUGAGCAUUAUUAUCGUGUUGAAAUAUUCAAUGCUAUAAUUGAUCUUCAAUUGAUGGAACUAAACAGUAGAUUCAAUGAGCAAACAAGAGAACUCUUGGUUCUUAGUUCUGCAUUGGAUCCUCGAUUUGAUUUUCAAUCAUUUGACAUUGACAAAAUAUGUUGUUUGGCUGAGAAAUUUUAUCCUCAUGAUGUGCCUGAUUUGAAUGAUCUAAGAGACCAGUUGGAGCAUUUUGAGUAUCAAUUACUAAAAAUGGCGUCACUUUUAGGGAUUUUAGUUCAAAAUGGGGGUUUCGGACUUAGAUCUCUUGUGAUUUGUUACUAA